GCGGGCUGGGCCCUGGUCCUGGGGGCGGGGCGGGCCCCAGCGGACAGCCCGGCUGGGCACCGGCCCGGUGUCCACACCGCCCACGUGGGGCGGGGCCGCGGGAGCCGGCGGCGGGCAGGCCCGGCCUGCGGGAGGCACAGCUGGGGACAGAGCGGCUCGGAGCUGCCUCAGCGGGGCCGGUUCUGGGAGCCUCCCCCGGCGUCCUGGGCUGGACAGGCCAGCGGAGGUCCAGCCCUGCCCUCCAGGGGGCGGCACCGGAUCCGGGCUGCUCGGGCCCAGGGCACGGAUUGGGCGCUGCGCGGGGACGGGCCACCGCCGAGGGGACCGUGCCAGGCGGGGCCGGGGCGUGGUCACCGCUGCCCGCCGUCCGUGCGGCCACCACACCGUGCCUGGCACUGGGAAGGACCCGCAGCGCCCUCUUCCCACCAUGCCCCUCACGGCCAUCGCCCUCCUGCUGCUGGGGGCCCCCCUGGCGCUGGCCAGCACCGACUGCCUGGGGUACCUGGACGAGGCCGACUCAUGGCGCCUGGGCUUCAGCUGCGAGCCCCUCACCUUCUGCUGUGGCACCUGCCGCCAGCGCUACUGCUGCGGGGACCGGAGCCUGCGCCUGUCCGAGUUCCAGCAGAAGCGCUGCCUGGUCUUCAGUCCCAAGUUCGUGGUGGGCCUGGUCACAGCCGUGACCCUCUUCAUGGCCAUGGUCGCCAUCUGCUGCUGCUGCUUCUGCAUCUGCCGCUACCUGGUCCGCCGGCGCCAGCGGCUGCUGGGCCCCUCAGGCCAGGACAUUCCAAUGAGGGGUGCCCUCCAGCCGGCGAUGUACCCAUACCCCCCGGACUCCAAGGCUGACCCCACCCCCCCACCCCAGGGCUUCAUGUGGCCCCCCAAUGCUCCUCCCCAGCCUCCUCUCUACCCGGCAGGGCCCCCUGUCUACAGCCCUGCAGCUCCUCCCCCUUAUCUGCCACAGCAGCGCACCUACCCCGGAACCUGAGGGACCGUGUCUGCUGCCAUCACAGGGGCCCCCCCUGUGUCUGCCACUGGCCCUGGGGGUGGCAGGGGUCACCCACUCAACAGGCCCCCAACCAAGCCACCCCCUGGGCCGUGCAGGGAAGUGGACAGGAGCUGGGCGGGAACUUGGCCAUGAAUGAGGGCUGGUGGGGGCGGAGGGGCUUGGCGUUGCUGCACUAUUUUUAUUUCUAAUGGGGGCCAGGGGAGGGCCGCAGUGUGGGUCCCCGCCCUGGUCCCUCUGCUCCCAGGACCCUCCUGCUUGCCCUGGGGGCUGGGUGGGGCUCUGUCAGCCGCCUGCCCGCUGGAGCCGGCGGGCUGUCCCACGGCCCUGGCUGGGCUGCCGAUUAAAACGAUUAAAGCUGAGAGGUAAC